AUGCUGCCUGUUCGAAGUUUACCAACAAAAGAAGUCUCUGGUAUUAGCAAAAGUCGCCGUUCCGACGAUCGAUCGGAAACGAAACAAUCUACUCGAAGGGCAUCACUAGAAACAGUCCGUGUCGUAAAACUUACUCGUCGUUCCGACGAUCGAUCGGAGACGAAACAAACUACUCGAAGGGCAUCACUAGAAACAGUUCGUGUCGUAAAACUUACUUGUCAUUCCGCCGUUCGGCCGGAAACGAAACAAUCUACUCGAAGGGCAUCACUAGAAACAGUCCGUGUCGUAAAACUUACUCGUCAUUCCGCCGUUCGGCCGGAAACGAAGCAAUCUACUCGAAGGGCAUCACUAGAAACAGUCCGUGUCGUAAAACUUACUCGUCAUUCCGCCGUUCGACCGGAAACGAAACAGCUCACACCAAGUGCAUCUUUGAAAAACAUCCAUGUUAAGAAACUUCCUCCUCACUCUGACGAACGAUUACAAAGAACAUUGUCCGUUCAGAGUCGGCAGUCGAAAGGAGUUGAUGUCAUGAAAGUUGUUCGUCGUUCCGAAGAUCUUACACCAACGAAGCUCUUCACUCGAACUUCGUCAUUCAAAGAUUUUCGUGACAUGGAAACUCCACGCAAAUUUCGUGAACCGCUGCUACAUACAUAUGUGAGAUCUUUCAUAUAA